AAAGUUCUUCCUGCAGCCAUGGGCUUAUUGGCUCCGCAUUUGACGGUCACAUCCUGGAGCUGCCAUGUUCCCGCUCGGAAUCCUCCUACUUCUGUUGCCUCUUCUACAAACCGGCUUUUGCAAUGACUGCCAAGCGGGAUUCGCAGAUUCCUGUUUCGUAGCUGUAUCUUACGAUCUCCAGUACAUGCUGAACCUCAAAGAAAUGGUUACGAAAAAUGUAUCAAAGGAAGCAGUGCACGAACUUUGUUUGGCUAUUGAAGACUCUUUGAAUUGUACAGAGGACAUCAUAGACGGGGAUUGCUCGAGGUCUGAUGGUAGAUACAGGUUUGAUUCAUGGCUAAAAGCUUUACGUGGUGCCUACAGAUAUGUUUGUCGUGGAAAGGACCAUGAUUCUAUCAAAAUGCUUUUGCAGUCCACUUCUUGUUGGAGCCUGGAAGAUUUCGUGCUUUGCAUCGAGGAUCAUAUGGAUCUUAAGCAUGUUCGAGAUCUUCUUCACACAGAGAUCAAUGCGGUUGAAUGCGAGAAACUCCAUAGGGAAAUAAACCUGUGCUCAAAAUUGGCGACUACCGGUUCUUGCCGGGAACAAUUUGACAUCGACGCCGAAAUCUUAAAGAUGAUUGAAGCCUUCUUUUCAGCUUCUGACUGUGGACCGAUGACUUACAGAGGCCAUUCGAUGGCAGCGACGUCAGCGUCUCUGGCAGCGUCUACGACGUUGAUAGCCUUCUGCUUGUUGUGGUUGCUAUGAAUAUGGUCACUUAUUUGCAAAUUUGAACAUUUAAUAAAACGCUUAUAAGAAAUUCAUAUAA